AUGGUCAUAGAAGAUAAUCAGCAUUUAACAUAUGGCCCCUACAAACUUGUACAGAUAAACAAUGCUGGUGUUAAUUUCAACUAUGGAUCAGACAAUCAACUCGAGUUUGCUGAACAGGUCAUAACCACCAACUAUUUUGGCACCAAAAAUAUAAUUAAAGCUAUGAUCCCGUUAAUGAGGCCUAAUGCUUCAGGUGCUCGUAUUGUUAAUGUUAGCUCACGGUUGGGAAGACUUAAUGGCAAGCGAAAUAGAAUUGGAGAUCUCACUUUAAGGCACCAAUUGGAAGAUGUGGACUCACUAUCUGAGGAACUGAUUGAUAAGACUGUGAAUACAUUUUUGGAGCAAGUAAAAGAUGGCAGUUGGACAUCUGGAAAGUGGCCUCAAACAUGUGCCGACUACUCAAUGUCAAAGCUUGCCGUUAAUGCUUACACCAGGCUAAUGGCGAAGAUGCUUUCAGAUCGACCAGAAGGGCAAAAGAUAUAUAUAAAUUGCUAUUGCCCGGGCUGGGUGAAGACUGCCAUGACUGGUUGGGCAGGGCAUACUUCACCAGAGGACGGGGCUGACACAGGAGUUUGGCUUGCCUUGCUUCCAGACCCUGACCAGUUAGUGACAGGAAAAUUUUUCAGUGAGAGACGUGAGAUAAGUUUUUAGGAAUGUUUUCCAGUUUCAGCUUCAGCUUCAGCUUCCUUUUUUUCAGUGAGAUCGGAUUCUACAAGAACGAUGAGAACUGGUGCAAAGAAAGCUCUAUUCUGAAUUGGCUUUUGCAAUUGAACUUUUUUAGAAGAGAGUAUGCAACUGCCAUUGCAUUCAUUGCCAUCUCUAGACUCUUAGGAAAGUUUGAGACAAAUACUGAAUGAGGGAGUUAAGGGAAUCUCUAAUUUCACUAGAAUCCCGGUCUUCUGAAAAUUGGGUUGUGCGAAUUCUACCGCCACCCAAACUUUGUACCCAUGAGGAGUUAGUAAGCAUGGGCAAUGAAUGGAAGAGCAGUAUUUGGUGUAUCUAGUCAUUAAUUUACACAUUUCUGAUACUAGAAAUUUUGCUUUUGACAUUUUUUGUUAUUGGAUUUAGUGGGAGUUCUAUCAUGAAGACUUUUGUGAUGUCCCCAAG